AUGCCUACUACUACGUCUUCCAGGCCGGAGUGUCCUCCUCUCGAUGGCUCACUCCUCUUUCCAGAAAUAAUCGACUUUCACAUGCAGAGGAAUGCCGCUCUCCCAAUGUACAUCUUUCCAAACACACAAACCGGCGUGUUGAUCUCCAUUUCCUACCGCGAGUUCGGCAGAGCUGCUCAUCGAGUAGCCCAUGCUCUCCGACCCAAUCGUACUGGGGUUGAAGGCGACGUCGCCGCAAUAGUUGUCCAUACAGACACUCUCCUGUAUACAACUUUGAUAGCCGGUCUGAUGAUCGCAGGGAUCGUGCCGUUUCCCAUGUCUCCUCGCAACCCACCGCAGGCCAUAGCGGAUCUACUUCUUCGGACAACUUGUCGUCGUAUAGUGUCCAUCACUCCAAAUCACGCCGCUCUCCUUGAUGACGUCCGGUGCCUUAUGCGGAAUAGUGGCAUUAGUUUGACAAUCAUCGAGAUACCAUCCAUAUCAGAAAUUUACCCUCAUUUGGGCAACGAAUCCCUUAUCCAUUCUUUUGCGCCAUACCCUAAGCGCUCCACCAUCACACGCAUAACCGAAACCAUUCUAUACAUGCAUUCUUCUGGAAGUACUGGCUUUCCUAAACCUAUCGCUCAAAAUCAUAGGAGCCAACUCAGCUGGAUGAAUGCCCCUUUGUUAUGGCAAUAUCGGAACUAUCCGUCGGUCCGUCUGGGCGUAAUGGCCCUUCCUCCAUUUCACAUUUUUGGUGUGGCCGCACAGCUGUAUGCAAUGCUUAUCGGUGUUACAGCAACAUUAUACGCGCCUACGUCCGUGGGAGAUCGGCGGACGCUUCCUGUCAUUCCGACAUCGGACAAUAUGAUUGAAUGCAUCAGUCAAACCGGAACCAAUAUCGUUCUUUGCGUUCCAUAUCACCUCGAACAGUGGGCCGAUUCGGAAGAAGCACUAAAGACGCUACGAAAGGUCGAAUACGUAGUGUAUGGAGGUGGCCCUCUCUCAGAAAAGAAAGGUGACUUUCUUACCGCCGCUGGAAUACCACUUGCACAGCUUUACGGUGCGACAGAGUGUGGUCCGGUCUCCAUCCUUCCUCCUCGGAACUCAAUUAUCAAUGGUAACCCAUACUGGCAGUGGGUCGAGUUUUCCGAUACGGUCAAUAUUCGCUGGGCGUCUCAUGACCUCGAUUUAUACGAAUGCCAAAUAUUGCGAUCAGAUAGACUCCAGCCGAGCAUCGAAAACCUUCCCGAUGUCCAGGGCUAUGCCACUAACGACCUUUUUGUCAGACACCCAACCCAGAGGCACUUAUGGAAAAUUGUUAGUCGAGCGGAUGAUGUCAUCGUUCUAUCCACUGGGGAAAAGACUGUUCCGUCGCAGAUGGAGGCAAUCAUCGGUUGUUGUCCAUACGUGAAUGGCGCCAUUAUGUUUGGGCGUGAGCGAAACCAAGUUGGAGUUUUGAUCGAGCCUGCUGUAGAUCAUUUCAUUGAUGUGGACAAUGAGGAACAAGUUGCCCGGUUUCGAAACCGAAUAUGGCCAUAUGUAGAAGAAGCCAAUGCAUCUGCGCCAGAUUACAGUCGUAUCUUCAAGGAAAUGAUUAUCGCUGUUCGUCACGACAAACCCGUGUCUCGGACUAUGAAAGGCACUCUCGAAAGAAAGGCGGCGCUCCAGGUAUACGAGCAAGAAAUUAAUGCACUUUAUGACGUUGUCGAACUCAGCCAUGAAGUUGGCGAUAGCACCUUACCAUCACAAUGGACGGAGAGCGAGUUAGCCUCCUGGCUGCUAUCACAGGCCACGAAGCUUAGGACGGAUCUAAAACCAACUGUAGAUUUAUUUGCGCAGGGCUUGGACAGCUUGAGUGCCACGUACCUUAGGAAUCGUCUCAUCAGUGCCCUAAAGAGGUCUUCUGAACCAGGAAUUCAGAAUAUUUCCUGCCUCAUCACUCAAAACAUCAUUUUUGAGAACCCUACUAUUCAAUCGCUGGCACGGAAGGUUGCUUCCCUUGUUGCAUGCGCAGAUGGGACUUCCGAGUCUGUUCGAGACUCGCACAUCCAUGGAAUCGAGGCUAUGAUCCAAAAAUACUCGGCUGAAUUUCUGAAGCUGGACUCUGACUCGAUCAAGAGACCUCCAAAGCGAGCCAGACUUGAUGGUAGGCGUGUUGUGCUCCUUACUGGAUCUACCGGAACACUGGGAUCCUAUUUACUUGCUGAUCUUCUCGGACGGCCAGAGGUCACAACAGUCUAUGUUCUCAAUCGAUUUUCGGCAGCUCCAGGCACAUACAGCAGUAUGCGCCAGCUUAAAGCAUUCGAGGAGAGAGGGUUGAACACACGACUCCUAACCUCCUCGAGGAAGAUCCAUUAUCUUGAAGGAGACAUCUCUCAGGACAGAUUGGGUUUGACAGCUCCUACUUACGAACGACUCAGAUGUUCUGUGACCAUGAUCAUUCACAAUGCGUGGCGCGUCGACUUCAAUUUAGCCCUUUCCUCUUUUGAACCACAUAUCCGGGGUACACGGAUGCUUCUCGAUCUAGCACUCGCUUCUCCACUUGCCUCUUCUUUGCGGUUCAUAUUCGUUUCGUCCAUUUCAUCAUCAUUGGGUUGGGAUACAAGUCAGGGUCCGGUCCCGGAGGAACUUCUGAGUGAUCCUUCCAUCGCAAUAGGUUCUGGGUACGGAGAAUCAAAGCACGUCGCCGAACAGAUCAUCGCCCGAUCUAAUCUGCAAGCUACAUCUCUCCGAGUCGGACAGAUUACCGGCGGGCCUACUGGGGCUUGGGCGAUGACUGAUUGGGUUCCCAUCCUUGUCAAGUCAAGCUUGGCGCUUGGUUCGCUUCUUGACCUUCCAGGGGUGAUUCUUCUUUCAUGCGACACUAGUUUGGUCGUGUCAUGGACACCUGCAGACCGCGUUGCAGCAGCAGCUCUUGACGUCGCCUUAUCCGAGACGCAUGUUCCACUCAUCAAUGUCACCCAUCCAAGGCCUGUUCCAUGGCGGACCAUCUUUGAGGGCGUGAGAGAUGCGCUUGUAGAUUGUGGCAGAACAAAACAUCCGCUGCCGCUGGAGCCCUGUUUAGGGUGGAUGCAAAAAUUGGAACGACGUGCCCAGGGCGCAAAAGAACGCGAUUUUAAAGAGGUCCCGGCGCUCAAAAUUCUUCCUUUCCUCCGACGUUUCCUGCAGCCCCAGAAUGCUGAAACUAUUUCUGGUGAUGCGGAGGCAGGUAAUAGCUUGCAGUUUGUGACGCACAAGGCUUGUUCACUGAGCAGCACGAUGCAUCGUCUCUCUACACGAGAGUCUGAAUGGCUUGGACCAAGCCAUGCGCGGGCAUGGGUGAAGUACUGGCAAAGCAGGGGAUUUUUUCAAUAA